UGCCUUAUGCCAUCUCACUGGAACUUUGUAGGUUUAAGAAAACUGAGGUCAAAGAGUAAAGGGCUUCACAUAUCACCAGCAAGAAGGUCCAUGUACAUGGAUGUUUAAUCUAAAUGGAUCACUCAAUGAUCACACUUGCAUCUUUCCAUUCAUACUUUUUCUGAGACAUCGUUAAGCGCAAUGACGUCAAAACAGGUUCCUCUGUUAUUCCUCUCUAUUUUAAAUCUGUAGCCAAACAGGACGUUUAGGGGCGUGUGACACGUCUUUUCAUAGUUUUUUCAUCUCUAUACCCUUCUGACUCAGUAAGACUGUAUAUAUAAGCUUGUACAUCUAAGAUCCGGCACAUUUAUUCCAGCACUUGUCGCGAAUGCAUGCUACAGUUUUUCUUGCACCAUCACCUUAGGUUACGGUAAAACUCUAGCUUUGUUAAUUCAAUUAAAAUAACGUUUGUAGUACAGCAUUUUUUUUUAAAAAGAACGCAAGAAAGCAGUUUGGGGAAAUCGUGUACCUUCAAAUGUAUUACUUUUGAGAACUGUAUACCUAUUUGGACUUCAUCAAACACCACACUGUGUUCCACUUCAAGAUCUGAAGGCAAUCAGCAACAGAAGAUGGUAGCUUUAACUCUAACUCCUCGUCCUGUACUUUUGCUCAUCGUCCUGAUGUAUAUGAGUCUGAACACUUCUGCUUACCCCCAACCGUUCCAGAGAAUAUCCCCUUCAGACGGCCAGGAUUCUAUACAGGAGCAAUGGAAGGUUCUCUACCCUUCCAUCUCACUCCGUGACUGGAGCAUCCAAAUGUUGUCCAACCCAAACUUCGAUGGAGCCGAGCCCAGAACAGAGCAGUUGCCUGUGAAUGAGUGGAUCCCUCUUAGCCAAUCACAGAUUGAGGAGAAACUGAUGAAGGGAUGGCUAGGAGACUGGCAGCAGAAGGUGGGAAACCAAGAAAAGAGAAACAUUGUUGUGGCAGAUGAUGCAGCAUUCAGAGAGAAGAGUAAGCUUCUCACAGCCAUGGAGAGACAGAAAUGGCUAAACUCAUACAUGCAGAAAUUGCUGGUGGUUAACUCAAAAUAAAUUAUAUGUGUCUAAAAGAAACAAGGUUUUUUUUAAUAAACAAACAAAUAACAAAAAAGAAUGUUCGUUAGAUCAAAAAACAGUAAGUAUGUUUAAUCACUGUAAAAAAAACUGU